UUAUGCUGGAUUUAGCUGAUGACAAGGACAAAUUGGCAUCAUCAAAUGGGAAAUUAGCUCAAUAUCUCUGUAAAAUCCUUAAUGUGUAUUAUGCUUAUCAUCUUGAGGCUUACGAAAUCAAAGGUGUCUAUCUUCAUGAUCCUGCGACGAUCCUAGCGGCUUUCCUUCCAUCUCUGUUCACUUAUACAGAAGGAGUUGCUAGAGUGCAGACAAGCGGUAUUACCAGGGGACUUACUAUACUGUACAACAAUCUAAAGAAGUUUGAGGAAGUGACAGAGUGGUCAAACAAACCAUCGAUAAAAGUGGCAGUGACGGUUGACGCUCCUGCGGUAUUGAAGCUCAUAAUGGAUAGGCUUAUGGAGUCUUAGACUCAUCUCUCUUGCUUCACUUUUUGUGAACCCAUUUUCUCUUGUUUCCAACGGAAACCUACUUGAAAAUAAGGGCUCUUUCUCUUGCUUCAUUAUCAUUUUAAGUGCUUUUUUAAAAGAAAAUCUUUUGUCAAACCGAAUAUUAUUUUACCAUUUGAUGACCUACUAAUAAUAAAAUUAAAUUCUUUUC